AACUCUCUCUGUUCACUUUGACAGAUUUCUAGCAGGCCCUGAUGGAGAUUAUUCUAUGACUCUAUGUAUCCUGUGGAAUAUCCUGUAAAAAAUAAGAGCACAUAUUCAUGUAUUUAUGUCUUGUUUAGCAUUUUCAGUAAAAGUGCCACGUAGCUGCUGGUAUGAAAAUAUUGCGCUUAUUCUUACAACAGUCAUUACAGUCAUUUCCUACACAGCGAAAAGGAAAUUGCUUGUUUCAGGAAACAGACAGAGUGAAGUGUCUUUUGCAGAUUAAAACACACCAUCAUGUCAGAGGAUCAAAAUGAACGACCAACCAUGGACAUGGACACUGCUUUUCUCAAAUCCAAGAGGGGAAUCCUGAAAGUAGCAGAGAUGGUGACUUUGCUUGUAGCAUUUGUGUGUUUCGCUGCAGCAUCCACACCAAAGUACAUUGCAGCCACAAUGUUGGAGUUUCUGAUCACUUUACUUCUGGUGUUGCUGUACGUGCUCAAACUCAACAAGAAGCUGACUUUCUUCUUUUGGCCUCUCAUUGAUGUUUUUAACUCAAUGUUUGCAGUGGUCUACUUUAUUACCUUAAGCCUAAUGGCUCUGACUACAUACACCGUCACAGGCACACUGGUUGGAGGGAUAGUUGGUUUAAUGUCAGCUGGGCUGCUGUGUGUGGACAGCUACAUGCUUUUCAAGAACAUCACAUUCAACAAGCGAAGAAGUGAACCCAGAAUCAAGACAACGAAUGAAUCAAUCAGUUAGAGUAAAUGUAUACAGUGUACUAUUGUAUGUGAGCAUUAACAAGUUCAAAUCCCCUACCACUGAUUAGGCUACUUUCCCAUGAGCUCUGAAGUCUGAAUAACGGAACUUAUUGUAAGGCUGUAUUGUACAAUGUGUUUUAAAAAAACAUAUCUACCACUUCAAAGUUUGUACCAGUUUUCGGUAUAUUUAAGAUUCCAGCUGUAAAUCAAACUGAUGCUGCUGCAUUUCUGAAAGAUAAUUUACAGAUGUUGAUAUUUAUGGAAACAACAAAUAUCAAUAAAGAUUGCUCUUUGCCUUGUGA